ACUCUGAACUGCGAAAGAGCAAGAGAACGUGACGGGUUUUUCUCUCUCCCUAAAGAAUCUUUAUAGUCUUUGAGGGCAUGACAAAACAAGAUUCUUGCUUGUGUUUUGUCUUGGAAAAAGUUGAAGUCGAAAUUUGUCGGAUCAGAUAGUGAAAAAAUAAUCUCUUUCUCAGUAAUUUAAUUUAUUUGCUCUCUGUUUUUUUAGACAAUGUCGAACCUUGUUUAAGAUUUCUAGCCUGCCACAAAGAUUAAAUUCGUUAGUGCAUCACUCUCUCUCUCUCUCUCUCUGUUUUGGUUUGGUUGAUUUUUUGUUUCUCUUCACGCUUUUUAUUUUUGGGGGGUUUGAUGUGAACGCCAUAGACUGUAGUUCUUCAGAAAAGGAAAAUCUCGGGGUUGCGAAAUCGAAUGCCUUUUUUUCUUUCCUUUCGAUUUCUAAUUCUUUUGUGCGUUGUUCGUGGAUAAAGGAAUAAAAUUUCCUGAGGGUCUCCGACUUUAUUUCUUUUCUCCAAUUAAUCAUCUGGGUCGCUUUAUUUUUACGUGUUCUUAUCUGGGUCUGUAGAAAUUUCCUUUUUUUUGUCGCGAGUGUCUGCCUCAGGGGUUAUAUAAAUUAGGGUUUUUGAUUGAUUUCGAGGCGAGUAAUCUGUUGAUUUGCCUCCAAGUGUUCGUACCCUGAUAAUCGAUCUUCAGGAAUAAGCUGCUUUUUCUUUUGAUUUUUAGGGUUUCCAUUCUAUUUGCUGCUUAGAUUCUCGAUUUUCUUGGGGACUUCCUCUCUAUUGUUCUGUCUUCGAGCAGUUCGGUAUGUGUUGAAUGAUGUUUAACGGACAAGGGUUUUCGAGAGAUCGAUGUAAUGUUCUUGCAGUUGUUUGUGAUGAUAAGCAUAAGCAACAAGCACCAGCUAAUGAAGAUCAUCAACGCAGAUACCCUUUUCCUGAGCUCUCUUCUUCAGGACGACUCAAAGUUCAGGUCCUGAAAAAUCCAAGUCCAGAUGAACUCGGGGCUGUUCUUGAAUCAUCAGCUCCGGAGUUUGUCUACUUGCAAGGGGAGCAGAGGGGAGAGAGUGAUGAAGUCGGUCCGUUAGGGUUGGGAUAUGAACUGUCUACACCCGACACCUUAGUUGGCAUAUUCGGUUCCAUGUUACCAACCACGGUUUACUUGGAGGUUCCAAAUGGUGAAGAAUUAGCCGAAGCAUUGUAUUCUAAGGGUGUUCCAUAUGUUAUCUAUUGGAAAGGUGUCUUCUCAAAAUAUGCAGCUUGCCAUUUCCGACAUGCGCUAUUUUCAGUCAUGCAGAGCUCCUACAGCCAUACAUGGGAUGCAUUCAGGCUUGCAGAAGCAUCUUUCAGACUGUAUUGUACGAGGAACAAUGCAGUACUCCUCCCUUCCAAUAGCGAUCAUAUAAUUAAUGAUGAGAUGAGCCCUUGUUUGCUCGGAGAUCCUCCAAAGAUUGAUGUGGUGUCACUGGGAGCAGAUGAACAAGAAGAGGAAAAUUCUCUAGAAAAUCUCCCGUCGAUAAAGAUAUAUGAUGAAGAUGUAACUGCAAGGUUUCUUUUAUGCGGACCGCCAUGCAUCCCAGAUUCAUUCUUAUUGGGACCUUUGGAGGAUGGGCUCAACGCUCUCUUGAGAAUAGAAAUGCGAGGAAGUAAGCUCCACAAUCGAUCAAGUGCUCCUCCACCUCCUCUUCAAGCCGGGACGUUUACACGUGGGGUUGUGACCAUGCGAUGUGACAUCUCGACAUGUUCUUCCGCUCACAUAUCACUGCUAGUCUCUGGUAGUGCCCAGACCUGUUUCAGUGACCAGCUAUUGGAAAAUCACAUAAAACACGAGUUGGUUGAGAAGAGUCAACUAGUCAACUCAGUGGUGAACCUGGAUGAAACAAAGCCGCCUUGCCCUGAGCCUCGGAGAUCAGCCUCUAUAGCCUGUGGUGCGAGCGUGUUUGAAGUUUCGAUGAAAGUGCCAGCAUGGGCUUUGCAGGUAUUAAGACAGAUAGCGCCUGAUGCGUCUUACCGGAGCUUAGUUAUCCUCGGAGUAGCUAGCAUUCAAGGGUUGUCUGUUGCUUCCUUUGAAAAAGAAGAUGCAGAACGUUUACUUUUCUUUUGCACAAGACAGAGAAAUGAUACUUUGGAUCAUUCUCUUCUAACAACGGUUCCUCAGUGGUUAGUGUCUCCUUUACCGAGCAGAAAAAGACCCGAGCCAGGCAGAGGAAGUAAGGAAGUGGAAAAUGGAGGAGGAUCUACGGGAAGUAAAAUCAACGUUGCUGCAAUGAGACCGAUACCUCACACUCGUCGGCAUAAAAUGAUUCCCUUCUCCGGGUAUUCUGAAGUUGGAAGAUUUGAUGGUAGUGACCAAGCCAAAGCUAAUUUGCCUUCGAUACCUCCAAAGCAUGGUGCAUCGGGUGGCACUCCGCUUUCACAUCGUAAAGCAUUUUCGGGUUCUUACCAGAAAAAGCAAAUUAUUUCUUUAAACCCAUUACCUUUGAAGAAACACGAUUGUGGCAGAGCCCCGAUUCAGAUUUGCCCAGAGGAGGAAUUUUUGAGAGAUGUGAUGCAGUUCCUCCUUAUCCGGGGUCAUACACGGCUUGUUCCUCAAGGUGGAAUAGCUGAGUUCCCGGAUGCUGUUCUCAAUUCCAAAAGGCUUGAUCUUUUUAACUUGUACAGAGAGGUUGUAUCGCGAGGAGGCUUCCACGUUGGGAACGGGAUCAAUUGGAAAGGACAGGUUUUCUCGAAGAUGCGUAACCACACGCUAACAAACAGAAUGACUGGGGUGGGGAAUACGCUGAAGAGACACUACGAAACGUACCUCCUGGAGUACGAGUACGCUCAUGACGAUGUAGAUGGAGAAUGCUGCUUGAUCUGUCGCAGUAGCACGGCGGGUGACUGGGUGAACUGUGGAGCGUGCGGAGAGUGGGCCCAUUUCGGAUGUGACAGAAGGCCUGGCCUCGGCGCCUUUAAGGAUUACGCGAAAACGGACGGGUUGGAGUACGUUUGUCCCAGCUGCAGCGUCACUCAUUUCAGGAAGAAAGCUCACAGGACCUCUUCAAAUGGGUUGGCAUUGAGCUAAGUGACUUAGGUUACCUUAUCUUUAUCUCUGUUUUGUUUAGAUUUGGCAUUAGGCAAGAAUUUGUGGUAUGAUUCAUGUGACAAUGCAGGAGCUUUUCUUCUUCUUUUUAAUUUGGGAAUGUAAAUCUCUUUGUCUGUCUUCGAUACCGCAAA